GGUUUGGGAAGUGAGGGAUUCGCGCCCUUCUCGCUCUACGUCACCGGUGCGUAGGCUCUGCGCUUUCAAAAUGCAGCGGGAAUUAGUGAGUUUCCCGCUGUCUCCCGCGGUUCGCGUGAAGUUGGUGGCUGCAGGGUUCCAGACUGCCGAGGACAUCCUGGAGGUGAAGCCCUCUGAGCUCAGCAAAGAAGUUGGGAUAUCCAAAGAGGAAGCUUUAGAAACUCUACAGAUCGUAAGAAGAGAAUGUCUUGCAGAUAAACCAAGAUGUGCUGGUACUUCCGUGACAGUCAAGAAGUGCACAGCCCUGGAACUUCUUGAACAGGAACACACCCAGGGCUUCAUAAUCACCUUCUGUUCAGCCCUAGAUAACAUUCUCGGGGGUGGAAUACCCCUAACGAAAACGACAGAAGUUUGUGGUGUACCAGGUGUUGGGAAAACUCAAUUAUGUAUGCAAUUGGCAGUGGAUGUGCAGAUUCCAGAAUGUUUUGGAGGAGUGGCUGGUGAGGCAGUAUUUAUUGACACAGAGGGUAGUUUUAUGGUUGAUAGAGUGGCAACCCUUGCAACUGCCUGCAUUCAACACCUUCGCCUUAUAGCAGGAGCACACACGGACGAAGGUGAGUUAGCACAAAGUGCUCCUUCUGUACGAGAAAGACAGUUUGUAUUUGUGCCAUUUCAGACUUCAGUAAGAGGUUGUCCCAAACUUGAAGCUUCUGCCUAGUUAGCAGUACUCUCCCUGAAGCCUAGCUGUCUGUGAUCAUUCUGCCUCAGUCUCCAGGAUGCUGGGAUGGCAGACCUGUGUCGUACCCAACU